CACGAAAAGAGCAACGCAAGCUACUUAUGAAGCGGGUUGUGUGAACACGCACAGGGCACAAUUACUCGCUUUAGAUACCAUGGAGGCAUUCGGAGAUAUCGUAUCCGUCGUGAAGGUCAGCUUGCUAAGUUAUGCUACCUACAUUUCUUGAAACGGGACGCUUCGCAGCUUUGCGGUGCAUCAUUAUCUGAAGAAUGAAGGGCACAGACGGUACCACACGAGUUGUGCAGAUUUCCACCCGUUCAACUAGCUACGAAGUUAUACCCUUAUGCGACGCCUCUUUUGGUUCCCUUCGCGAGAAUUGGUCGUGAUUUUUAAAACAGACAUGGCUGUAAUCAGGAAUACCUGCCUACAAUAAGAGCUCCAAAUCAGUUCAUCAUCAGAAUGAAUGCAGUCGCCAUAAAUCCUUCUGACUGCAAGAUGGUUGCUCAAGGUAAUCGCGUCACCGAGCCGACAAUUGUGCCUGACCUUGGUGGCAUUGGAAUUGUUGAAGCUAUUGGGAUAGAAGUGAAAAGGUUUGUUAUUGGUGAUGAAGUGCUAGCCCAAUUCACUGCUGGCCCGGCUGAGAACGUUGGAGGGUCGUACCAAACCCACGGUGUAGUCCUGGAAGACAUAGUGGCAAAAAAGAACCCCCGCAGGAAUGGGCUGGAAGGAAGCAUGAAGUAUACCUAACAUAUUUCACUGCGAUGGUAGAUAUAGGGUCCGUUCAGGGGUUGGCAAUCCUCUUUCUACAAGAGGGACCUACGAGGGGCCUGAUUCCAGCUCCUUUUUUUAUCCUAAGAGGGAGUUCGGAACUCGGCGCUUCGGCGAUCCAGCUACUGCAACUUGCUGUGCCUAACUGCGAGCUUUUCGCAACAACAUCGCAGCAGCAUCACAAAAUGAUCACCAAGCAAUUGGGAGUCGACGUGGUCUUUGAUCGUUCUUCGCCCUCGCUGAUUAACGACAUCAAGGCAGCCACAAGGAGCUCGGAAGGUGUUGAUGCUAUUCUAGAGGCCGUUGGGGCUGGAUCAGUGGAAAAGCAUAUUUUUGAUGCAUUUGCGCCCAAGGGCCCGAAAAGAUAUGCACAAGUAUGGACAGGUGGCGACGAAAUCCGAGGUCCCGCAGGCGUAGAUCCGGUCUUGUUCCAAAGCCGCGACUCCCUCGAGAUUCCAGGCGGGAAAAUUUUCUUCGUAGCAUUACAGGUAUUGCUCGCGGAAGGGAGAUACAAGCCCCCGCUUCCUUUGCACAAGGUAGGAGAAGAGCUUGAUAGCCUAAAGAGCGGGCUUGACCUCAUGCGGAAAGGAGUCAGCGGUGAGAAACUUGUCGUGUUGUAUAAAACAUCUCACCAGCCCUCCUUACCGACGCACAUGCGUUAA